AUGUUGGCCGCGACCUCCCCCCCCGGUACCGCUCUCUGCACAACGCGGCGUCUGUCUCACCGCAGUACCUUUCACCAGGGCGGGUUCCCGCUUAAUCAGCGGAGGCGCCUGGUUGAAAUCCGGCGAGCUGCAUGGCAGGUGUCCGCGUCGUUGCCGGACGCCGACGGGUUGCGAGUGGAGUACACGCCGUGGCUCAUCGUGGGCCUUGGGAACCCGGGAAACAAGUACCAUGGUACCCGACACAAUGUGAGGAACUUUUGUUGUUAUGUGUUCAUCGUUCCUGGUCCGUUUCGGAUAGAACGGCGAAUUGACAGGCGGAGUUCUCACCUUUGUAUUUUCUUUUCUUUUGUUAUUUUUUGUUUUGUGGAUAGCAGAUUGGCUUUGAGAUGAUCGAUCGUAUUGCUACAAGAGAGGGUAUCUCCAUGAACACGAUACAGUCCAAGGCACUAAUUGGGAUAGGUGCGGUCACCUGUUGUUUUCGUUUUCUCUUCCUCGAUUUGCCGACCUUGAGUCGAGUGAAAUCUUCGAAAAAGUGUAUUUUUCUCUGCUGAUAUGGUAGAGUGGCCGCGCAGGUUCAAUCGGAGAAGUACCAAUUCUGCUUGCAAAGCCUCAGGCAUACAUGAAUUUCAGUGGAGAGUCGGUGAGCUCUCCACCUUCUCCUAGUAACAAGGAAAAGAUGAGUGGGAAGAAAGAAUCUUCAGUUUUGGAGAAUUUAUCUCGUUUAUUGUGGGUGUUUUAUUUGAUAUUCUCAUGUUAGAAGGAAGCUGAUUCUCGGGUAACUGCAUUCACGAGUGUCUUUUAUUUCCGGUUUCAUUAUCUGACGUUUUUGUGUGCAUCCACUAAACUGAGUUUCCAAUAUUUAAUUGAAAAACUGGAAUAAAGUGGUAAAUUCACAUGCAUUUUUUAAUAAAAAAUUAUAAUAUUGUCUCGUCAAUAUUAGCUCAUUUUUAGGAAUGAUCGUCUUUUCUUUAAAAUAAUACUUCUUAAGCUUAGAAAAAUGAAACUGGGAAUAAGUAAUUGCCAGGACCAUGUCUAGCGCCAGUAAGACUCCAAAAAAAAAAUUCUGGAAUCAUAUUCAAAUCAUCAGUUAUGAUUUUAGAGGAGAACGAAUGUGAGAUAUUAUUUAUCUAUUGAAACUGACGAAUUUUAGGGUUUUGUGCUUGAAAGACUUUAUGAAACACGUAAAAGGUUUCUUGGUGAUUUCUAAUUUCUAUUAAUUUCCUUGAAAUCGAUCACUGAUCCAAAUUGAGUACCUCAACGGGAUAGACCUCAACAGAAAACUUUUGAGUAACGGCAGCAAGUGAUUGAGUUCAGUAGUUCCUCAUAUAAAAUUAUUGACUCUAGGGAUAUGGUAACAUGGAGAAGACAAAAUUGUUUGAAGCACGGACAGAACCGGAAGCGCCUCUUGUUUCAAAGAGAGGAAGACGGGUUAUUCACAUUUAAUUUGAUGGUCAGAGGCGAACCUCUUUGAUCUUUUUCUUUCAUUAUGUAGGACGAUUGUAUUUCCACUUAUCACCAUCUAACCGUCAUCAAGAAAGUAUUAAACCAUAGAUAGGUAAAACGUGAUCUGAGGGAAUCAAGGAAAGCACUAUCAGUCCGCAAUCUGUUUGCUUAUCCUUUCAGUUCCUAAAGAAUGGAUAUUUUUAGUUGCCAUUAUUGUUCUUUCUGAUGCCUUCAGUGUAUUUUUUCCUUUUAUAAGCAUGGGCUGUAGGAAUUGUUAUCUGAAAUAAUUUACUUCUGUGUAUUGAAGGUAGGACCGAUUGCUGCAUAUUAUCAGGUGCCUCUUCGCCAUAUCUUAUUGGUAUGCCUGAAACUUCAUUGUAAAACUGAUGUAAUCCAGCUAUGUAUAAAUAUAUCAAUAAACAUGUUGCUUUUGACACAAAAUGGAUCUUGUGCUGAUCAUAGGUUUAUGAUGAAAUGAGUUUACCAAAUGGUAUCUUAAGGCUUCAGCCAAAGGGCGGACAUGGUCACCAUAAUGGGUAUUUAUUUAAUCGAGCGUCUUAUUUUCUUAAUCACACUUUAGUCAUGAACAGUCUUAGCUCAAGUACCAACUUCUUGUGAAUUUCCUCAUAUUAUCUAGCAUACAUACAAGUUGCUCUAUCUGGAGACUCACGAUGCCUUCACGUUGUAUGUUUUAUUCUGACCCUGAGGGUUCUAGUCUUUGAGAUUUUUCUGUGAAGGUGAUUGGGAGAACUCUUACCUUCUGACUAGAGUCUUCUUCCUAUAUGAUGGCACUUUAUUUUCCUUGUUCUGUCAUUCUAUAUUACCACCUAUUGUUUUAAAAGCUUUGAAAACUUCGGAUUGGGAUAUUGCGUACUGGUUAUCUCAUGGUAGGCUUGACGUCUUCCUCCCUUCUCCCCUUUUGAUGAUACAUUUCUAGUGCUUUUGGUGCAUGUGUUAGGGGUGGACACUCUAAAAAAGGAAAGUGCUUAUGGAGGAAUUAAAUAUGAAAAUUUCACUAUAUGUUAAUCAUCUGCGAUGUCAGAUAAUUCAAAUAUCAGAGUAUGCUAUAAACGUAAGGGGAAAAGAAAGGUAAUAUGGGAAUAAAAAAUUAGUGUUUUGAUGGAAGUGGAGAUGGUAAACAUAAAGUGAAAAUCAAACACGAUCAAAUUUUGUCAAACUUACUUAACUUUAUGUAAUAUUUUAUGGAUGCUAUUUUAAUGAGUUUGGGGGGGGGGGGGGGAUAUUAAAAUAAACUCAGAGGCGGAUGGAUUAUGAACCUAGCAUGCCUAAUUCCUGCUAAGUCGAAUGCCAGAUCGGUUUAGGUUUCUCUAUUUUUCCCAGUUCCAAUCAAAUGUAAUUUGACCCAGUUUCUUUUUUUGAUUUGCGUGUCUCCAUUUUCUGCUGAUCUAAACUCUGGUUGAGAGCAAGAGGUCAUGGGCAACCAGCAUACUGUCUCGUCGUCUACUACUUAGGCAAAUGGCCGGUUGUUUAAGAUCACUGUUUUCUUACUUUUUCAAAAUUAUCAUGAAGGGAAGAAACUACCUGGAAAUAAUGAUGUGGAAGACGAUGGUUACUCUGAAACAUGUCUUAGACAAGAGCAUUAAGGGAGCUCCAUCUGAAUAAUGGAUGAUCUGAGGGAUGUUGAAAAUUGGAAGAGACCGGUAGGAUGAACUCUAAUAGAGUGUCAUACAUCAGUGAAAGAGAGCAUUUAUUACCUUUGAAUCAUGAAUGAUACUAGAAACCAGUUACUGUUAUUAGCAAAAUACGUUGGGUAUCGUUUAAGGAGGCAUCAAGCAAUUGCUUUCCAUAAUGAAGCAAUGUUUGAUGAGAGUACAAAGCAACAGUGUAAAACUGUAAGUAGCAGAACCACCACAAAUGACAACAACAACAACAACAACAACUAUAACUAGAAAUAAGAAGAAUGGUGAUAGGAGGGCUACAAUUUCCGUUCAUAAGAGUGAGUAGAACAAGUGAAGAUGGCUAACUUUUUAAUGAUGAAAGAUUGUUAGGAGGAAACAUGUUUAUGUCUCGGUAAGAAAACAUUUUCAAGAAUCUUAGCGCUUGAUAUGGAAACCUGCCUUUGUUUUUGUGCCAAAGUCAAUAUUUUGUGGAAUGAGGGCCUCUUCAUCCACACCACUCCCCCACCCAAUUCGUCAUGAAGGUUCACUUUACCUUUUUCUCUGUCCAAGAACCAAUAGUAGUAUAUAUAACAUGAAAAUAAGAAACAAAUAUUUUGAGUCUAGGUCUCUUAUCAGGCCAUUCGUUGAUGGAAGAUGCUUCACUCUAGAAAAAGGAUAGUAAGUAUUUAUCAGUAACGAAUUUUUAUGUCGCUGAUGCUUCAAUCAUUGGUUAUAGAGAAUCUGGUUAAUCAGCCUAAGUAUUUAUUCACUCUAGAAUCUGGUUAUAGAGAAUGCAGAUAGAAUAGACCUUUCCUAAUCCCAACGUGAUUUGGUUGGAAAUUCGCCUGAUUUUGUUAUCUAAAUCAUUGUUAAUUAAAAGACUACAAGAAGAUCCCGAAAGGGACAGUUAUUUUUCUUCCAUCGCCUAGUGCUGUCUACUUGCUUAUUUUGGAGCUAAAAUUUUCCUGAAAGGGCUUCCCUGGGAGCUCUCUCCUAAAUUUAGAACUUGAUGGGCUUCAUUGAGAGAACCAAAAAAGCUUUAUUUAGCUAUGAUGGAAUCUUGCAGUCUAUUUCUUUGGUCUUUUUAUCUGCAAAGUAAAAUUUAUGGCUGGUGAAAAUAAUACAUUUAGUGCAUUUAACCUUGUUGCAUGAUCUGGAAAUUACAACUGAUGCAGCAUCUGCUUUUUUUAUUUUCAUACAGGUUGAAGAAUGUCAUGGACCACUUGGAUGGAUGUCGUGAAUUUCCUCGGCUGUCCAUAGGUAAGGAUCAUACAUGCGUAAUCAUCUUGCCCAUCUUUUACAGGAUGACCUGGACACCUGUAUGGCACCUGCAGGAAUUGGUAAUCCACCGGGGAAAAUGGAUAUGAAAGCCUUUCUUCUUCAGAAAUUCAGCCCACAGGAGCGUGAGCAGGUCUGCUUUGACAAACGUGCCUGAUAGAUGUACCUUUAUAGUUUCGGUAAUGAGAUGGUGAUUCGAUUUCUCUGAUUAAAUGGAUCCAUUUACAAGGAGGUUGUAAAUAGAACCUUGCCAUUCCUUUUCCGACAUUCUUUUAGUUGGUCCUGCACUGGCUAGUGUCAAGUCCAUAUAUCUGAACUGUUAUGCAAUGGGUAGCCAGCAGUUAUACCUAAUCAUUGCAUCUACUCUAGUUUUUCUUCUAAAGUAAUCUAGAGUUGCUGAUUCGGGGGGGAGAUUCGGAGGAUGCAAUGCAUCAUUCUUUAAAAAUAGCAUAAGUGCUUUGUGUGCUCCAUUCAAAAGACAUGGCUGAAGAAGAUGUAAAGAAAAUAGAAAAAUCCUAGGACUGCAAUUUUCAGCAUCCCUACUUUCCUCAGGCUUCUUCUCUCCUUUGCUAGCGACCCCUUCUUUGGAUGACUUCCACCAUUAUCACUGCAUCUCCAUAGAUUGAAUCUUGUUGUCUUCACUCAUCAACUCUUGGUAAUUUUCAUAUAAAAGUGAAAAUCAUUUGGUAAGCUUUGAAAGUACUUGGUAAGCGACCUAGUUAUAGUUCAUUUGGAAGUCAUACUCAGAACCAUACCCUUCUCCUGUGCUUCAUGUUUCGAGAUGAGUUUUUUUGGAAUGGUUUAUACUUUUUGCAUCAUUUUAUUCUAUGGCUGCUUUUUCUCAGAGUCAAUAAUCUCCUUUUUUAUAUGCAAGAUUUUUUUCUAAAUAACUUGCUGAAGGCAUUGGAAAUCUCAUAAUGUCUGUUAAAUUCUGUGCAUGUGGAGACCAUGGUACACAGAAUUCAUAUGACCUUGGUUGGCAUUGGAAUAACCCAAUCCGAUUCUGGAGGCCCUGCUCUCCCAUGAGGUUUAUUAGACAGGAGAGUGGGAGAUCACGGUUACACAAAGUAUGCAAUUAUAUUAAAGUCCAAUUAGGCUGUCGUAAUAAAGUAGAGACUGGGUUCAUUGAACAGAAAUCUGUCAUCACUCCAUCCGAACGGGCCUCUGAGUAUGAAGAUAGUUUCUUUGGUGGAAUCCACUGCCCCUUAUUCAUCCUCACGGUUCCGGUACCCCUUGUUGCUUCCUACAGAUUGAUGCCGCUCUUGAUCAAGGUGUCGGUGCCAUUAGGACUUUAGUUCUGAAGGGCUUCACCGACAACAUAGAGAGAUUCAACUUGGGGCAGAAGUACAAGUACCACAAGGUCUGA